AUGGGCCUCCAUUCCCAGCGCGCUGGCCUGGACCUCGGUCUUUGGCUGCUCCUCGACGUCGACGCCGACCAUCACCGCGACCUGGCCGUCGUCAUCCGUCUUGCCUUCGCCGAAGCAGUGGGUCCGUCGGCGCUAGCAGGAGGCUUCCCCGACCUGGCCAAGACAGUGGGGGCAGCCGCCCUGCUAGGGCGCGCCACGGGCACCGCAGUGGCCAAGGCUGGCGGGGAGAGCAUGGGCCAGGGGGAGCUCGCCAAUGACCCGCAGAAGGCGCACGUCAUCAUCAUGAUGUCCCCGUGGGACGUGCUGCGCAUGACUGGAUUGAUGCUCGCGCUGAUCCGGGCAGCGGGCAGCGCUGGGCACUGCUGGGGCCCGCGCCGGGGCCAGAAGCGGCCAGCCGAGGACCGGGCGGAGGAGCAGCCGCCGAGGGGUGAGAACCAGGGCAGGGGCAGCGACCGAACUGGGCGCCCAUGGAGGAUCUUCCUCGAAGCAGGGGCGCAGGGGACGGUGACUUUCAACGGCGCGCGGUACGUGCGCAUGGCCAGGGGUCCAAGCGGGGCGACGAGGUGA